AUAGUAAUUGCAAGAUUUAUUUUGCACUGUAUGAAAAAGAAGGCGCAUGUCUCCUCUUUUGAGUCAGCGGCGGAAGGUCAGCGCUCAAGCGGAAGUGAGAGUCAGAGCCCAUCCGCCAUUGUGGAGCAGAGCAGGGGUGAUAUUUUCUCCAGACGUUACACAGAGUGUUAAUGUUUCGGAUAUCACACAGCAGCCAACCUCCCCCAGCAGUUUGACGUUCGCUGUCAAUAUCGCUCGAGAGGACCGCUGCCGACCGUUUGAAACCGGGCGAGGAGAUCAACGCCUGAGAAAUACGCUUUGAUUAUAGGGCAAUCCCGGCGAGAGGAAAAAAUAACGUGAACCCGCAGCGGUGGCAGGAGAGACCGUGGAGAGUCAUAACAGCGAUCAGCUCGGGCUCCCAGAGGAUGUCUGCGACAACUGUCGAUCAGAGACCUAAAGGACAAGGAAAUAAAGUGCAAAACGGUUCGAUGCAUCAGAAGGAUGCUGUAAAUGAUGAUGACUUUGACAAUUACCUGAGCAGCCAGACAAAUCAGAGUAAUAGUUACCCACCAAUGUCUGAUCCCUACAUGCCCAGCUAUUAUGCUCCCUCUAUCGGAUUCCCUUACUCCUUGGGAGAGGCUGCUUGGUCCACCGCAGGAGACCCGCCUAUGCCGUACCUGACCACGUAUGGACAGAUGAGCAAUGGUGAGCAUCACUUCAUUCCCGAUGGAGUCUUCAGCCAGCCUGGUGCUUUAGGCAACACGCCCCCUUUUCUCAGCCAACACGGAUUUAACUUCUUUCCUGGAAAUGCAGACUUUUCCACCUGGGGCACCAGUGGUUCUCAGGGACAGUCUACACAGAGCUCCGCAUACAGCAGCAGUUAUGGAUAUCCCCCGAGCUCAUUGGGCCGGGCCAUUGCUGACGGACAGGCCGGAUUCGGCAGUGACACGCAAGUUAGUAAAGUUCCAGGGCUCAGUAGUAUCGAUCAGGGAAUGGCCGGGCUCAAGCUCGGCUCCGAUAUGUCAGCCGUUACGAAAACGGUCGGGUCUCCUUUAGGUGGCACGGCGGGUAUGAGUAGUAUGGCAGCCAACAGCAUGCCACCUGUCAGCUCCUCUGCACCAAAGCCCACCUCGUGGGCUGCUAUCGCGAGGAAACCGGCGAAACCUCAGCCCAAGCUGAAGCUGAAGCCCAACAUGGGUUUGGGAAGCGGUGCCACGAUUCCUCCUCCACCGAUAAAGCAUAACAUGAACAUUGGGACCUGGGAGGACAAAGGCUCCAUCACCAAACCCCCUCUUGCGCAGCAGAUGCUCCCGCCUCAGCCCUUGUUGCAGCAGCAACUCCUGGCCCAACCUCAGCCCAUGCUGCAAAGUCCAUUGCCUCCUCAUCCCCAACACCAGCAGCUCCAGCUACAAUCUCCCCAGCACCCUCAGCAGCUGCCCUCAGGUCCCCCCCACCCUCACCAUCACUCGCAACCAGGUCCUCUGCAGCACUUGCACCCACCUCAGGUGCAGAACCCCCCAACCCAAAACCGCUGGGUGGCUCCUCGGAACCGAGGAACCACAUUUAUCCAGAACAGCAGCAUGGAGAACUUUGGCCUUGGGACGGGAGUCCCCAUGAGCUCAUCGCCUUCUUCCAGUGAGGUUCACCCCGUGCUGGAGAAGCUCAAGGCCCUCAACAAUUACAACCCCAAAGACUUUGACUGGAACUUGAAAAAUGGACGGGUCUUCAUCAUCAAGAGCUACUCAGAGGAUGACAUCCACCGUUCCAUCAAGUACUCCAUCUGGUGCAGCACAGAGCACGGGAACAAGCGCCUGGAUGGCGCCUACCGCUCGCUCAGUGCCAAAGGUCCACUGUACCUGCUCUUUAGCGUCAAUGGCAGUGGACAUUUUUGCGGUGUGGCCGAGAUGAAGUCAACCGUGGACUAUAACGCCUAUGCUGGCGUCUGGUCCCAGGAUAAGUGGAAGGGCAAGUUUGAGGUGAAAUGGAUCUUUGUUAAGGACGUGCCCAAUAACCAACUGCGGCACAUUCGCUUAGAAAACAAUGACAACAAGCCUGUCACCAACUCCAGGGACACUCAGGAAGUGCCCCUAGAGAAGGCAAAGCAAGUGCUUAAAAUUAUUGCGACUUUCAAGCAUACCACCUCAAUCUUUGACGAUUUUACACAUUACGAAAAGCGGCAGGAGGAAGAGGAAGCCAUGCGAAGGGUAAGUGCAGCUUUCUGCCACUCUUCACAAUAGCAGAAAGCAGGCACUGCACCUUUAGAUCUCGUAAACAUUGUUACAUUUAGUGCUGUCAGCAUGUCCAUCCAUUUCCAAAGGGAGGUUUUUUAAUAGCAACUCAUUUCUAAGCCAGAUAAGUCUUUCUGUCUUUUUUGCGUUUCAGAAAUAGGCAGCAGCAAGACAAAAACAGUGCAGUCAGUCUCAAAUAGAAAUGAAAUGUUUGAUCUGGUAACUCGGUACAUCAAUACUGGAGGUCAUGUAAUUAAUUGUUUGUAUUGUUGCUCAACGCGGCUUGCACAUAACACAUUUCUCCUAUAUUUCAAUGAACCGAAGUGCUAAAGUCUCAGCUGAUAGGUAUUGUAAAAUAAAUAGUUCUUAAAAUAAAAAAAAAGUCUCUGCCCAUUUAUUGACAAAAGGCUGGCGGCGAGCUGUGACGCCAAUCAGUGUCUCUGCUCAAACAGCAGGCAGAUGUCCCAUUAAUACAUUGGACUUGCAUCAUUUCCUGCCAAACCAACACAAAUAAUUGAUGUCUGUGCCCGUUACCUCGGCACCAGCUGCUUUUUAUCCUUGUAUGUUAGUUAUGAAAACAGCAUUUAGAUCAGAUUUCACAUGAUUUUGGGGGUUUAUCAGGUUUAUAUAUAAACCUUUAAAGAUGUAUUGUGUCUUGCAUCUGAACAAAUAGAGUCAUUUAGUAUUUCAUCUAAUAGAGCUUAAACUUGUUUGGAAAUUGUUCGGCAUUAAAAGGUUUAAUACCUACACUAAACUCAUUGGCCCAACUUUGUACUAUUGUGAUCAUGUACUCGCUUCAAAGUUUUGGGAGUGACUCCCAAACUUGUGAUGGUUUACAUGGUGAUAACCAUUGCAAUGUUUUGCCGUCACGUGCCUGUAUAGAAUAAACAUGAAUGAAUGCCAGCAGUUUUUUAGUUUUAGAUACUUUGACCAAUGCUACCAGAAAUGUUUAAUUGUUAAUAAACUUCAGCUGAACAGAGUUCUGUGUUUUAUGCGUAUUAAGCUGCUGCUUUUACUCCUGUAAAUAACCAAAUUGUGAAUUGACUGAAUUUAGUUGCU